CAAGAGUCAAGGGGCGGUUUUGGCGGGAGAUUGAGAAAGCUGAGGCGCCGUCGCCGCGGCGGUUGUUUCUGAGGGGAGAGCCAAGCCGGUAUAACUUAUGAUGGGGAAGUCCAUAAUACGAGGGAGAAUCUGAGGAUAGGAUGGGGAUUUAUAGACAAUCUGAGGAUGGCUCCAAUUAAGAUUAAAUAUGUUGUCUCUUUUACUUCCCAGGAUCCGAAGUAUCCAGUGGAGAACUUACUUCUUGAAGAAGGCCAUCUUCCCUGGCUGAGCUGUCCCCGUGAUCGGAGCAGGCAGCUGAAAGUGGAGCUGCAGCUCGAACAAGCGAGUGAAAUUGGCUACGUUGAUGUCGGGAACUGUGGCUCUGCCUUUCUUCAGAUUGAUGUGGGGCGAUCCUCGUGGCCUCUAGACCAGCGUUACCCGACGCUCUUGCCCGCCACCUCCUUGAUGACGCCAGCCGAUGCCAAGCUGGAGAAGAAUCGCUCCGGGGUGCGGAUGUUUAAAGAAGGGGACUUCCUGUUCACACCAGAGGAAGGGGGAGACAGAGAACUUAACUCCUUCCCCCAGAGAUGGGCCCCUUCUGCACCUUUUCCUGGAGGCAGGUGUGGGUGGCUUCCGACGGGAGGAGGUGGCAGGGAGACCCCCCCACCUGCGCCUUCAGGUAAAGAGUGCUUCGGGAGAGAAACAUUAGCUUUCCAGCCACCCAACUGGAAGGAGAUUGUGAACAAGAAGCUGAAGUUCCCGGAGGGUCUUCUCGGCGCGAUCCAAGACGGCCACCUGGUGAAGGUCCAGCAGCUGCUGGAGGUGAGUGACGGGAUCCUGAGGCAGCUGGACGAGGCCGAGGAUCGGGCCUGGCGAGAGGCCCUCAACCUGGCCAUACGCACGGGCCACGAGGAGAUCACUAAGACUUUGCUGAGGGUGGUGAAGUUCGACUUCCGCCAGGUCCACGAGGCUCUGCUGGUGGCCGUGGACACCAACCAGCCCCACGUGGUCAAGAUGCUCCUGGACCGGCUGGACCAGGAGAAAAGCCUCAAGAUGGACACCAAGUCCUUCUCGCUGGCCUUCUUCGACAACGCCAUCGACAACUCGCGCUUCGCCCCUGGCGUCACCCCCCUGACCUUGGCGUGCGAGAAGGACCUCUACGAAAUCGUGGACAUGCUGAGGAAGAAGGGCCACGACAUCUCACGCCCGCACAAAGUCUCGUGCGCCUGCUUGGAAUGCUCCAAUGGCCGGAAGUUCGACCUGCUCAAGUUCUCGCUCUCACGCAUCAACACGUACAAGGGCAUCGCCAGCCGGGCCCACCUGUCCAUCGCCAGCGACGACGCCAUGCUGACGGCGUUCAAGCUCAGCCGAGAACUCAAGCGCCUCUCAAAGAAGGAGCCAGAAUUCAAGCCUGAGUACCUGGCCCUGGAGCAGCUCUGCCAGGAGUUUGCCUUUGAGCUGCUGGGCAUGUGCCGCAACCAGAGCGAGGUGACCGCCGUGCUCAACGACAUGGGGGAGGAUGCUGCGGCCGAAGAGGAGGAGGAGGUGGACGAGCAGGCCUUUGAAGAAGGGAUCCCCAACUUAGCAAGGCUCCGGCUGGCCGUCAACUACAACCAGAAGCGGUUUGUCGCCCACCCCAUCUGCCAGCAAGUGCUCUCGUCCAUCUGGUGCGGAAGACUUCCCGGAUGGCGAGGAAGCACCAGCCUCUGGAAAGUUUUCAUCUCCUGCUCCAUCUUUCUGGCCAUGCCCUUCCUGUGCCUCAUCUACUGGUUUGCCCCCAAAUCCAAGGUUGGCAAAAUGCUGAAGAUCCCGGUGAUCAAGUUCCUCUUGCACGCCGCUUCCUACGUCUGGUUCCUCGUCUUCCUGCUGGUGGAGUCGCUGGUCCUGGAGCAUAAACACGAGAUCUUCAAGGGAAGGAACCAAAGCCUGUGGGAGACCUCCCUCCACAUGAUCUGGGUGGCAGGCUUCUUCUGGUUCGAGUGCAAGGAGGUGUGGAUCGAGGGCCUGCGCAGCUACCUCCUGGACUGGUGGAACUUCCUGGACAUCGUCAUCCUCAGCAUGUACUUGGCUUCCUUUGUGCUCCGGGUGCUCGUCUUCCUCAAGGGCCGCUUCUCCUGCCUGGACGAGGGAGCGGCUUCUCCCGAAUGCUACUAUUACACGGCAGCUGAGCGGCAAGAGUGGCGCACGGAGGACCCCCAGUUCAUGGCCGAGGUGCUCUUUGCCGUCACAAGCAUGCUGAGCUUCACCCGCCUGGCGUACAUCCUGCCAGCGCAUGAGACCCUGGGGACGCUGCAGAUCUCCAUUGGCAAAAUGAUUGACGACAUGAUCAGAUUCAUGUUCAUCAUGAUGAUCAUCUUGACAGCGUUCUUGUGCGGGAUGAACAACAUCUACGUCCAUUACCAGGAGUCGGAGCGGUUGGGAAGCUUCAACGAGACCUUCCAGUUCCUCUUCUGGACGAUGCUGGGAAUGGAGGAGCACGACGUGGUGGACAUGCCCCAGUUCUUCCUGGCUGAGCUGGUGGGGAGGGUGCUGUACGGGGCCUUCACCAUCGUCAUGGUCGUCGUCUUCCUCAACAUGCUCAUUGCCAUGAUCACCAACUCCUUCCAGAAGAUUGAGAACGAUGCGGACGUGGAGUGGAAGUUUGCCCGCUCGAAGCUCUACCUCUCUUACUUCAGGGAGGGUCUGACCCUCCCGGUUCCCUUUAACGUCAUCCCGACUCCCAAGUCUGUCUUCUACGCCGUCAGGGGCCUCGUUCGCUUCUUGUGCUGCUACCGACCCAAAAGACAGCAGAAGUACCCUCCGAUCCACACCAUCUCGAACCCCUCCCUGGAAGAGGGGAGCCUGCGUGCCGAGAGCCGCCUCUCCUACCGGCGGCAGGUGCUCAAGGCCUUGGUGCAACGGUACAUCGACACUGCCAGGCGGGAGUUUGAGGAGGGCCGGAGGAAAGGCCUUCCUCCGGCUCGAGGAGCGAGCGAGUGUGCCAAGAGGGCGGUGGCCGCCCUGCCCCUGGGCUGGCACGGUGCCACCCCCGCUCCCAAAGGGGGGCCGAGGACUGGCUGGAAGUCCAAGCGGAGCCAACGCAGGCCCCCAGGGACCCGAAACCCUGUCCACACGGAAGCCUGGACGGCUUCUAGGACUGUCACCUUGUCCAUUAUCUGUCUCCCCACCAGGUAUAAAUAUGACCGUCGCAUCCUCUUCCUCUUAUAUCGGAAGAAGGGGACCUGA